UGAAGAUGUCUAAAGGACCAAUAGUUGGCAUUGAUCUGGGCACCACAUAUUCCUGUGUGGGCAUCUUCCAGCAUGGCAAAGUGGUGAUCAUUGCUAAUGACCAAGGAAACAGGACCACACCCAGCUAUGUGGCCUUCACAGACACUGAGAGGCUGAUUGGAGAUGCCGCGAAGAACCAGGUGGCCAUGAACCCAACCAACACUGUAUUUGAUGCUAAGCGCCUGAUCGGUCGUAAGUUUGACGAUCCUGUAGUGCAGUCAGAUAUGAAGUACUGGCCCUUCAAGGUUGUGAAUGAUGCAACCAAGCCCAAGAUGGAGGUUGAAUACAAGGGGGAGAUCAAGAGCUUCUUCCCCGAGGUGGUUUCCUCGAUGGUCCUCACCAAGAUGAAGGAAAUCUCUGAGGCUUAUCUCGGCGAGGCUGUGAAUAAUGCAGUUAUCACAGUUCCUUCUCACUUCAAUGACUCCCAGCGUCAAGCCACCAAAGAUGCUGGGACCAUUGCUGGCCUGAAUGUGGUGCGCAUCAUCAAUGAACCCUCUGCUGCAGCCAUUGCUUAUGGCCUGGACAACAAGUUUGGCGGUGAACGUAAUGUCCUUAUCUUUGACCUUGGAGGUGGUACUUUUGAUGUGUCAAUCCUGAUCAUUGAGGAUGGCAUCUUUGAGGUCAAGUCCACAGCCGGUGACACUCACUUGGGUGGUGAGGACUUCGACAACCGCAUGGUUAACCACUUCAUUGCUGAGUUCAAGCGCAAGUUCAAAAAAGAAAUCAACGACAACAAGCGAGCUGUGCGUCGUCUGCGCACAGCCUGCGAGCGUGCCAAACGCACCUUGUCCAGCAGCACUCAGGCCAGCAUUGAGAUCGAAUCCCUUUACGAAGGAGCAGAUUUCUACACUUCCAUCACCAGAGCAUGUUUUGAAGAGCUCAACGCAGACCUGUUCCGUGGAACCCUCGAGCCCGUGGAAAAGGCCCUGAGGGAUGCCAAGAUGGACAAGGGACAGAUCCAUGACAUUGUCCUGGUGGGUGGCUCCACUCGUAUACCCAAGAUUCAAAAGCUGCUGCAGGAUCUUUUUGAUGGACGUGAACUGAAUAAGAGCAUCAACCCGGAUGAGGCUGUGGCUUAUGGUGCAUCUGUGCAAGCAGCCAUUAUGGCUGGUGAUGAGUCUGAGAAUGGACUGGACCUGCUCCUGCUGGAUGUCACACCCCUGUCCCUGGGAAUUGAGACCGUUGGAGGAGUAAUGACUGUCCUUAUCAAAAGGAACACCACUGUCCCCACCAAGCAAGCCCAGACCUUUACCACUAAUUCAGACAAUCAGCCUGGUGUACUUAUUCAGGUUUGUGAAGGUGAGAGAGCCAUGGCCAAGGACAAUAACAUAUUGGGCAAGUUUGAGCUGAAUGGUAUUCCACCUUCUCCCAGAGAAGUCCCUCAGAUUGAAGUUACCUUUGACAUUGAUCUCAAUGGCAUUCUAAAUGUGUCUGCGGUGGACAAAAGCACUGCAAAAGAGAACAAGAUCACCAUCACCAAUGACAAAGGGCGGUUGAGCAAGGAGGACAUUGAGCAGAUGGUGCAGGAGGCUGAGCAGUUCAAGGCUGAGGACGAGAUACAGAGAGAAAAGGUCACAGCCAAGAACUCACUCGAGUCUCUGGCCUUCAACAUGAAGAGCACCGUGGAGGACGAGAAGCUCCAAGACAAGAUCAGCCCUGAGGACAAAAAGACCAUCGUAGAAAAGUGCAACGAAGUCAUUGCCUGGGUCGACAGAAAUCAGACGGCAGAGAAGGAUGAGUACGAUCAUCAGCAGAAGGAACUAGAAAAGGUGUGCAACCCCAUCAUCUCCAAGCUAUACUAGGAUGGGAUGCCAGGUGGGAUGCCAGGAGGAAUGCCUGGAGGUUUCCCUGGUGGAGCUGGAGGCGGCUCCUCCUCUGGCCCUACCAUCGAGGAGGUCGACUAAAAACAAGGCAGACAGUGUCUUCAUCUCAGAUCCCAACAAACGCUUAUUGCCAUUAAAGCUAUAUAGACAGAAAUACACAUCUAAUAAACUGAAGAUCAUGGGAUUGUUUUGAUUAACAUUAUGAAUCAAUGAAAAUACUCAGUCACAUAAGAAAUAAUUAAAGUCUGUUUGUUGUCUUAAUUAUUUCUCUCUCAAAUUAUGAUUUACACGAGGUAGACAAAUACAUGCCUUUUUAUCAGUGGUGUUUAAGCAUUUAAUCAAUAAAGAUCAC